AUGUCAACCCUAGGGGAUCGAGUCAGGAAAGGCCCUCUUAUUUUGAAGGGGGAGAAGCAUAAGAAAAAGAAGAAGUCUAAGAAGCAUCAUCAUCACCAACAGCACUCGGAAGAUGACGGCCUGUUGUCUGAUGGUAAUGCAGAGGACGCCCCAGUAGAAGUACCUGUCCGUAAAUGCACAGGGAGAAUAGUGUGUACCAACAGCACAAUACAGGGGAUGAACACUAAGUUCAUGGAAGAAAUUGAGCAGGGAGAUACGAUCCUGGUACAUCACCCACAGAGUUUACAAAUCGAGGAGAGGCAGGUGGUCAGUGUUCUCUCCUCCCGAUCAUUGGUGGUGUCCGAUCCCUUCAGCCAGGACUUCGUCACUACUACUGAGUUCCACGUUCGAAAGGAUGGGGAGGUGCUCCGACGGAAGGUAGAGGCAAAGAUGAAGAUGAAGAAGGAAGAGAUAGACGAGGAGGGAAACACUGAGGGCCACGGAUCAGUAGAGGAUCUCAUUGAUAAAGAGUUACAGAGGAAGUUCAAGAAGAAGCAGCAGAACUUAUUCACGAUAGGGGAGAAUAGGUACGUUGAACGGCAUGGGGCUUUCGGUUACAAGGCCCACUCUGAGAAGGUGGGCAAAGACGUGACUAAAGAGGAUAUGCUCGAUAUGAGGGUUAGGAAGGUCCACGAUAAGUACUGCUAG